AGUAUAACCGAGACUAUUAGGAGGACCGGACACUCUCACAGUCACUCGUCACCCAGACACUCUCAGCGCUGCUCUCUUCUCUAAGUGAAUAACUUUUCAAACCAAAAAAAAAAAAACAACUUUUUAAGCGAAACAAACAUGUGUGACGACGAUGUUGCCGCUUUGGUAGUGGACAACGGGUCCGGUAUGUGCAAGGCCGGUUUCGCCGGGGAUGAUGCCCCCAGGGCAGUUUUUCCUUCCAUCGUUGGAAGACCCCGCCAUCAGGGUGUCAUGGUUGGCAUGGGUCAGAAGGACAGCUACGUGGGUGAUGAGGCCCAGUCCAAGAGAGGCAUCCUGACCCUCAAGUACCCCAUCGAGCACGGCAUCGUCACCAACUGGGACGACAUGGAGAAGAUCUGGCACCACACCUUCUACAACGAGCUCAGAGUGGCCCCCGAGGAGCACCCCGUCCUCCUGACAGAGGCCCCACUCAACCCCAAAGCAAACAGAGAAAAAAUGACCCAGAUUAUGUUUGAGACUUUCAAUUGCCCAGCUAUGUAUGUCUCUAUCCAGGCCGUGUUGUCACUGUACGCUUCUGGCAGAACAACAGGUAUUGUGCUGGACUCCGGUGACGGUGUCUCCCACACUGUACCUAUCUACGAAGGCUAUGCUCUUCCCCAUGCUAUCAUGAGACUGGACUUGGCCGGACGUGACCUCACAGACUACCUGAUGAAGAUCCUGACAGAGAGGGGCUACACUUUCACGACCACAGCCGAAAGAGAGAUCGUGCGUGACAUCAAGGAGAAGCUCUGCUACGUAGCCCUCGACUUCGAAAACGAGAUGCAGACCGCUUCAGCCUCCUCCUCUCUCGAGAAGAGCUACGAGCUGCCUGACGGCCAGGUCAUCACCAUCGGCAACGAGCGCUUCAGGUGCCCGGAGGCUCUCUUCCAGCCCAACUUCCUGGGCAUGGAAACCGUGGGCAUCCACGAGACCACUUACAACUCCAUCAUGAAGUGCGAUGUGGACAUUCGCAAGGACCUCUACGCCAACAUCGUGUUGUCUGGCGGCACCACCAUGUACCCCGGCAUCGCCGACAGGAUGCAGAAAGAGAUAACCUCACUUGCCCCAAGCACCAUGAAGAUCAAGGUGAUUGCUCCCCCUGAGAGGAAAUACUCUGUCUGGAUUGGUGGCUCCAUCUUGGCCUCGUUGUCCACAUUCCAACAGAUGUGGAUCUCCAAACAAGAAUACGAUGAGUCUGGACCAUCAAUUGUACACAGAAAAUGCUUUUAAAUGAAUCAAUAUUUCGACAAGCUUUAAUAAGAUUGAAAAAUACAUAAUUAGCUCAGUUUUGAUAACAGUAUUGGUCAAAAUAAUACCAAUUAAAAAAUAUUAUUUUUUUAUUCAAGGCCUGUAAACGCAACAAUCUUUUAACAACAAAUUAUAUUACCAAUUAUAUUUUUAGCGAGUUAUUCCAACUAUCCAAAAUAAUGUUACAGUUCUCUCUUUUUCUUCUCAAACUUUAAAAGUUACAAAUUAUUAAAGUCUUCUAAAUUUGUGUACCGGUAUCUUCUUUUUUUUUUAAGUAACGUCUGUAAUAUAUAAGAUAAGAUAUAGUUUAGGUUAGUGUGAAUAAAUAACAUGUGUACUAAUACAAAAAAUUGCUUGAAUUAAGUAAUCUUGGUGAAAGUUAUGAACCAUGAUUAAACAAGUUGGAACAUUGUAAAAAA